AUGGAAUUCGAUUUUUUUUGUUGGUUGUCGAAACCUGCGCGCGGCUUUCACGGAACAGCGAACAGCGGACAGCGGACAGCGGUCAACCUACGCACUCAGAAGCGUCUCGCGGCGUCCGUCAUCGGAUGCGGAAAGCGAAAGGUCUGGCUUGAUCCCAACGAGGUCAACGAAAUCUCCAACGCCAACUCCCGCCAAACCAUCCGAAAACUCGUCAGCGAUGGCCUCAUCAUCCGCAAACCCGUCACCAUGCACUCCCGAUCUCGCGCCCGCGAGCUAAACCUCGCCCGACGAGACGGCCGACACCGAGGUUUCGGUAAGCGAAAGGGUACCGCCGACGCUCGCAUGCCUCAACAAGUUCUAUGGAUGCGACGCCUACGAGUCCUCCGACGUCUCCUAGUCAAGUACCGUGCCAGCGGUAAGAUCGACAAGCACCUCUACCACGAGCUUUACCACGCCAGCAAGGGUAACGCCUUCAAGCACAAGCGAGCGCUAGUUGAGCACAUCCACCGUGCCAAGGCCGAGAAGGCCCGCGAGCGUGCGCUCCAGGAGGAGAUGGACGCCAAGAGACAGAAGAACAAGGCUGCUCGCGAGCGUAAGUUGGAGAGACAGGCGGCGAAGCGAAACGCGUUGGCGGGUGAGGAGGAGGCGUCGUAA